GUAAGGACGCGUCAAAUGCUCGUGGGAAGGAAGCUGAGGUGGCAGUGGGAGGAGAGCAUCUGAGGAAGCCGUUCACAGACAUCAACCCCUUCAAGAAAAUCCCGGUGGUGCAGGAUGGCGACAUUGUGUUACUGGAGAGCUGUGCGGGUUUGCGGUUCAUCGCCAGCAAGUACGAUGCGUCAGGAGUGUGGUAUCCUGGGAAGGUGGAGGUGCGGAGCAAAGUGGACGAGUACUUGGACUGGCAGCACCUCAACACACGGGCACAUGGCAUGGGCUACUUCAGGAACAAGGUCCUGAUGCCCUCGCUCAAGAAGUGUGAGCCGGAUAUGGCAGUAGUGAGGGAACAUGAGAAAGAGUUACAGCGUGUAGAGCGACAGUUUGCCAGGUACUUUCUGGGCCCCACACCUUUCAUCACUGGCGACCAGGUAACCAUUGGUGACCUGCUGGCCGCCUGUGAGUUCGAGCAGCCCCUGGCUGGGGGUUACAACUUGUCUCCUCCCAUCAGGGAAUUCAUCACCAGGGUUAAGGAGAAAGUGGGACCUGACUACGAUGAAGUCCACACCUAUAUGAGACAGCUGGCCAAGAAAUGUCUUGCCUGAUAUAUCAAAUGAUAAAAGUCCAUAGUACUUGUAGAAUUAAUUAAUUUUAUAUUAACUGUUGCAUUUUCAGAAUUAAUAAAAAAAAAUUAGAACAAAUCUGUGUUAAUAAUGCCUUCUAAUAUAUUCUUCAUUUUAGGUUAAUAAUUUACAGUAUUCAUGGAAGAAGGUAAUUAAUAAAAAAAAUUGCACUUGUUGAA